UUAUUUAUUUUGUGACAGUUAAUGCUGACCAAUCAAAUGACCAGUGCCCAUGUGGCAUGUAAGCAAUGUCAAGUUGAUCUUGCAAAUUGCGAUCGACUUGUAUGCCAUAUACCGGUUAAUCAAUCAGGUGAUCGAUAGAUACCUUGAUGGACUGAGGUCAUGGCCUCCGAGGCCUCUUUUACUUCAGCUCGCUCCAUUGGGCCUGUAGCCAUGGCAUCUUCCGAAGUUCUUUCUCUGUCCUUGAAAAUAGUUCAGCUUGAUGAUGUUGAGAGGUUUUUAGAGGAGCAUGGAUUUUCUCUGGAAAAAUGGUACAAACUAGGACUGAGAUUAGGACUACACAAGAACACAUUGGAUACCAUUGAAUGCAAGUGUUGUCAUGACCUAUCUCGAUGUUUGAUCGAAUGUCUAGCUGCAUGGCUAAAAAGAGCUGAUAGUGUUAACCUAAAAGGUGGAGCAACCUGGGAUUCACUCUCAGAUGCUGUACGAGCUGUGAAUGAGAUUGCUGUAGCAGAUGAGAUAGAUAGCAAAAAAUGCCCUCAUCGUCAUGCUAUAACUAGUACCUUUAACACCAACAGUCAUCUGUUUAAUCCACUUCGUAUAUUUCGUGUGCUUCAAAAAGAGGGCAUUAUAGCAGAGGGAGUAUUAGCUAAUGUGGAAAUAUCUGCUGAACGCAAGAAAUGUGAAUUCUUAUUAGAUGCUCUCAAAAAGAUCAUAAAUUGUAGCUCU